UGCGAAGCUCUAGACAAAAAUAAAGAAUCGGGUGUUAUUUCUAUAGGACCCCAACCGUUCCCUCAAGAUCCGCUAUUACCCCCACCUAACCUGCCUUCCCAACUUCACCGAGAUCAUUGGCGUGCUAUACGUACGCGACAGAGUCCAGACAACCGAGUGCAAGAUUGGUACAACUAUCGUCUAAGCUCAGCGAAUAUGGGUCAACUUGUUGAUGAUAUAGAGCGUAUAUUUGAAGAUCAAUCGACUGUCUUUAAGUUAAAUCUAUCUUUUGGUUUCGUAUUGUUUAACAACGAGACACAGCAAAUGCAAUACCACCACCCCUCAGCAAACAACAACCGUGUUUUCGACUCCCCAUUCCAGAUACAUAAUCGCGAGGAUUUGGUCCAAGUUCGCGAAACGAUGCAAAACAUUGACAUUCAUGAAUGGGCUCGACAACAACGGCCCAACUCGAAAUGGAUUGUCAUGGGUAUUACCAACGUUAUCUUCUACGUCACCAAACUUCGAGACCAUCUCAUCGGACGUUCUGUGCGUUUACCCAAAUACGUGUUGGAGAAUCCUGCCACUGUGUCGCUAGACUGUGAUAGUAAUACCAGUUUACCAUACGAGGAUAAACUUUGUUUCUUUCGUUGUUUGGCUAUGCACAAAGGUUGCCACCCCAAAAAUUUAGAACGUGAUACUCAUCAUUUUUAUGAACAAUAUUCGGAAGAUGAUGAUUUUGACGGUGUUACCCUAGAGGAACUACCUGAACUGGAAAAGUUAUUCGAGUUAAACAUUUACGUGUAUUGCCUUACAGAGUUACACGACGAGGGCGAAGACAAGACCUCCAUUGUGGCUCAACUGAUACAGCGCUCCCAUUGUAGAUAUACCAAUUCGAUGUACCUGAACCUCUACGGUAGUCACUUCAGCUACAUUAAGAAUUUGGCCAUGUAUUCCAAGUCCUAUUGUUGUUGCAAAUGUGACAAAAUGUGGAAGACAGCGAGAGCCUUAAACCGACACGAGCGAACAUGCGAAGCAACUAUACGUCACAUCUUCCCUGGUGGUGUCUACACAGUUCCACAACCAUCUUCGAUUUGUUGGCCGACGAGGGAAUCGAGAUCCCUGAAGACCUCAAGUACUUCCCUUAUCGUGCCACCUUUGACUUUGAGUGUUAUUUCAAACGUGAAACCGAACAUCCACGAAAUACAGCAAAGUUGACUUGGGAAGCCGAACAUAUCCCCUUGAGUAUCUCUGUUUGCUCCAACGUCCCUGGUUAUGAUCAACCCAAAUGCUUCGUCUCGUCUGGCAGUACAAGUGAAAUUAUCCAACAGUUCGUGGAAUAUUUGGUUGAGGUCAGCCAGGAAAGCUAUGGAUUGUUGCUGGACCAAUUCUCUGACGUUUUUCGUCAAAUUGAUGAACGAGUCAAUGAGGUAUAAUUCACACGUAUUAGAUUCUUAGUAUAUUUCUUAUCCUUAAUAUUUUUUCUUAUAUCUUUAGGUAGGGGAAAACGAGGUUAUGGAAGUUGCCGCGGGGGAGGAUAAUGAGGUAAAUUAUAGGAAGGUUAUUUUUGUACUUAUAUUCUUUAUAUUCUAAUAUAUCUUAUGUUUUAGCAAAAUACAGAGGAACAGAUGAUAGAGGAAAUGGUGGGAUGUUUGAUGGGGCUGAAUGAUGAGGUAUAUAACAUAAGGUUUGAGCUCAACAGUGGUCUUUCCAGUGCUUACCAUAUGUGUACCUUUUAGGUGAGUGAAGAUGGAGACGAAGUGGAUAAAGAUAAAGACGUUGAAGAGAGAGUAAGUAUCACACUCAUGAUCCGUUUUAGCGGUUGUUAUAUAGAUUAGUAGGGAUGUGCAAGUAUCUUGCUUUUUACUUAUGACACCUUUUCAUUUAUUUAGGAGGUGGUCCAUCCUCUACUCAAACUCCAAGAUAAAUUGUCAGAAUACUUACAAGAGCUACCAAUUCUUGGAUUCAACUCUGGUAAAUAUGAUAUUAACGCUGCGAAAAACCCAUUCUUUUCACAUCUCGUCAAACACGAACAAGUUAAGUUUGUGAUAAAAAGGAACAAUAACCACAUGUGUCUUAAGACUCAACACUUAAAAUUCCUCGAUAUCACAAACUAUCUGGCUCCGGGAUUUAGUUACGAACAGUUCCUCAAAGCGUACGAGUGCUCCCAGACCAAAUGCUACUUCCCGUACGAGUGGGUCGACUCCCUCGACAAACUCAAUCAUUGCUCCUUACCACCACGCGAAACCUUCCAUUCCACUCUAUCCGGAACCGACAUCACCGAGGAACAGUACGAGUAUUGCCAGGGUGUAUGGGACGAAGAGAAUAUGACAACUUUGCGCGACUUUCUCGUGUGGUAUAACAACCUUGACGUAGUCCCCUUCCUUGAAGCAAUUGAUAAAAUGAGCAAUUUCUGGCAAGAAAGGAACAUUGAUAUGUUUAAGGACGGUGUGAGUGUGCCUGGCUUAACUAUGAAAUAUUUAUUUUCAAACAUUCCAGGCACCUACUUCUCCUUGUUCAGCGAGAAGGACAAGGAUAUGUAUUAUUCAAUGAAGGAUAAUAACGUAGGGGGCCCCAGCAUUAUCUUUAACAGGUACCACGAGAAAGGGAAAUCAUUCAUACGGAAGGAAGAAAUGCGAGCCAGAUGA